AUGCCCAAGUAUUUCCUCACGCCGAGCCCACGCAGUGGCCGACCUGGCGUAGGGCGCAUGCCUAGCAUCGCCGAACAUGGCGCGCCACAGCUACAGUACCCGCAAGAUACGCCAUCUCGCCCACCGCAUCGCCGCGCGAGCUCCCUGCCCGUGACGCCGCGCCGUCCCCAACGCCAUCGGCCGGCGCGGUAUCGCUCUGCCUCGACCAGCGCAACGGGGUCGCCGCCCCAGAAGCAGCCGCAGCAGUACACCCUUUUUCAGCAGCUCCAACAGCAGAACGUUCCGCCGUACCCCCCGCCAUCGUACUAUCCCCGCCAUAGCAAGGAGCCUCUGUGGCCGAGCCCGCUGAGGAACAGCGUUGCCUGGGAUUCGCCGGAUCGGGAGGCCGUGACGGAGAAAAAGGGGCGGCGAGAGAGGAUCACAGAGAACGCGUGGGUUGCGCGCAGGGGAGGGUGGUGCCGCAUCUGCCUGAUUAUGCUCUUCUUCGUUCUGAUCAUCGUCGGUCUGUCUGUUGGGUUGGCUCUUGGCUUACGAAACGGCGCAAACAACGGCACUUCGGAGCCAACAACAUCACCAGCGGCGUAUCCCGCCGGCUCCUUCUCCUUCCAGACGGCAUUGACGACUGCGUCAUCAGACUGCACGUCCGACCCGGCUACCUGGCGCUGCCCUCCUUUCACGACUCACGCCGAGGAUCCCUCGGCCGCGGGCGCCAUCUUUUUCUGGACUAUCACCGCGCCCGAUGCAGGCGCCAACAGACCGGAUUACACCGUGUCGAGCGCAGAGAACCCCUUUGCGCCGCGCUUCCGCAACGUGACCAUGAUGCUACGCGACGGCAACACGGUAAACGAGCGGCUCGAGUUCGAGAUCGAGAUGGACCGAGAUGUCGUGCCAGGGAACUACACGGCGACUGGAGCCACGUGCUCGUACGACACCGUCUUCAGGGGCGUGGUCUGGACUGACAAGGUCAAGGGCGGCGACAGGAAGCGGACGUCAAUGGCGGAUGCGGGCGAUGCAGACGAGGGUGCAGACUGGAGAGAGUGGCCUGGUGAAGUGGAGAUUCAGCAGGUUAGCAAGAAGGGGCCGAGCUGUCGCGAGGGGUCUGGGGCGGUGAUCCCCGUUGAGGCCGGGGCCGGGCAGUGUACGUGCCGUUAUGCCAACUAUGACCUGGAUGAGGCGAAGAGGCGGCGGAGGAGCCGGGCGGCGAGCCUGUCUUGA